CCAUGUCAGCCUGUUUCUCUGCUCUCACCUCUUGUCUGCCUACCGUUGGAUGGCAGGCACCUAGGACCGCGGCUUUCGUCGCAUAUCGUCUGAACGCUACGACGUUCCUCAUUAACGAGCCCGACGAUAUUUAUGGCGAAUCUCCAUAUAUCUAUGCGCUCAUGAACUAUGCGACGAAUACGAUCGUGCUUAUUGAUACCGGGUGUGGAGGACAUACGAGGCGUCCUGGGAUUUCCGUGAAGAGUCUGCGGGAGUUCAUUGAGACCAUUCCGGUCGACGUGAACGGGAAGAGGCCGAUAAACGAGGGAGGGAAGAUGAAGUAUGUGAUAGUCAUCACACACUGCCAUUACGACCAUAUCCUGGGAACUGAGGGCUUCGCGGAUACCCCUAUCCUCUCGUCCGGGAACGACCCAUCCUUCUUGACUCCCGACCAACUCCAAUACUCCUCUCUUUGCGCGUAUCUCGGUAUCAAGCUGCCCAAGUACACACCUACGCUCGUUCCUCACGGAUAUUCCAUUCCCCAGUCGCCCCAUGUGCAUGUUUUGCAUACGCCGGGGCACACACCCGAUGAGGUGGCGAUCUGGGACGAGUCCGAGGGUAUGCUGUAUGUUGGAGAUACACUGUAUGACGGCAUGCCGAUCGCGUUCAGCAUGGAAGGCAACCUCUUCGAUUGGUUCGACACAAUCGACUACCUGAUGUCCUUCGUCCAGACUAAAACCUCCCAAGCCCUCGCAUCCUUCGCAAACUCUCCUACCUCCCCCAUCUCCGAGAAAUCCAGGUUACUUUCUCCUGGUCCGGCCCAUUGGGCCAGCCGCGGCGUCCUCAUCCAAUGUGGUCACGCCACCGCCGGCAUCCCCGCUCUCGAGAUGCUCGAAGCAACUAAGUCGUUCAUGCGAGACGUCGUAGAGGGAAGGGAACCGUUAGUAGGGACACAUAAGAGGAGGACUUCGACGUAUCUGGUGUAUAGGCAGGCGAGUGGGAGGUUUGCCUUGGAUUGUCCCGAAAAGUUGAUUUUGGAGGCGAGGAAGGGGUAUGAGUUAGACUGAGUGGUUUACAAGGAUAAAAUGUUAAAGAAACAGCCAGUGUAGUUCUCCUAUGUUUUUCUCUGGGUUAAUUGGAGUGAUCUUUG